CGUAUCGCAACGCAAUCGAAUAUCCUGGUUAUGACGGAUGGUACAAUAAUGUUGGUAAACCAGAACUAGGCGCAGUUGAUACUCCUUUAUUAAGAAGACUAUCAGCAGCUUAUGAAGAUGGAGUAUAUAAACCUUCAGGCUCUAAAAGACCAGAACCAUUAGAGAUAAGUGAGAAACUGUUGAGUGGAAAAAUUGGAUCUAAAUCAAGAACGGGAAGAAACGUUCUUCUUGUAUUUUUUGGUCAACAGGUGGUAGAAGAAAUUUUAGAUGCUCAGAGACCAGCAUGCCCACCUGAAUAUAUUAACAUAAAAAUCCCGGAAAAUCAUCGAUACAGAAUUAAACCGGGACAUACGAAAAUGCCUAUUUUACGUACGCGGUACGAUCAUCGGACGGGUCAUUCGCCAAACAAUCCUCGUCAACAGCUGAACGAGAUUACACCAUUCUUAGACGGUGGAUUAAUUUACGGUACAUCUAAAGCGUGGUCCGACGUUUUAAGAACAAAUGCCAGCGGAAUAUUGCAGGAGAAUGGGCAACUGGCAACGUCGGACUUUCCACUAUAUCCUGACUAUAAUACAGUUAGAUUACCAAUGGCUAAUCCACCGCCGCCUAUUCAUCAUCAUCAAUAUGUCUCACGACAUUACACCGAGAGUGUCACCAGAUAUUUCAAAUUAGGAAAUCCUCGUGGGAAUGAAAAUCCGUUUCUCUUGACUUUCGGUAUAAUAUGGUUCAGAUGGCACAAUUUCGUAGCAUUUCAUAUUAAACGCCACAACCCAAAUUGGUCAAGUGAUAAAAUUUAUAACGAAGCCCGUAAAUGGGUGAUAGCGACUCAGCAACACAUCGUCGUCAACGAAUGGUUGCCUUCAUGGUUGGGGAACAACAAGCUUCCUAAGUACGAAGGGUACAAUCCUAAUAUCGAUCCGCAGAUUGAUCAAUUUUUUCAAUCGGCCGCUUUUCGAUUCGGGCAUACCUUGGUUCCACCAGGCGUAUACUUGCGUAAUUAUGGGAGGAAUAAUUGUUCCUUGGAACCAUAUCCAAUCAGAACUUGCAACAAUUACUGGAUGUCACAGAAUUCUCUUCACGCCAAUUUAACAAGAAUAAAGGAUGUUAUCGAUGUAGAGAAAUUGCUAAUGGGUAUGGCUGUUCAAUUAUGCGAAGAAGAGGAUCAUAAAAUUGUUGAAGAUCUGCGGGGUAGUUUAUUCGGUCCACUAGAAUUUUCCAGAAGGGACUUAAUGGCACUUAAUAUUCUGAGAGGACGUGACCAUGGGGUACCUGAUUACAAUAGUGCCCGUCGUGCCUAUAGUCUGGCGAAAGUUAAACAUAUAUCUCAUUUUUCUCGUGUGGAUGUAUCGAUUCGGGAGGAGUUUCUGAGAUUGUACAACAAUUCCUUCGAUGACGUGGACGUCUGGGUAGGCGGAAUAUUAGAGACUGAUGAUGGACCUGGAGAGUUGUUUCAAAGAAUCAUCCGUGAUCAAUUUCAACGAAUACGCGACGGUGAUAGGUUUUGGUAUAAUAAUACCGCAAAUGGACUUUUUAGCGAUGAGGAAAUUGAAAGACUGGAACAAUUAUCGUUUUACGAUGUGUUGAUGUGUACUACUAAAAUGGACUGGAAUGAUAUUCCAAGGAAUCCUUUUAGAGUUCCUAUCACAGCGAAUGCUAUACAUCCCAGUUGUAUCGAUAACAAAAUUGUAAAAAAAGGCAGGUGUACAAAUGGUCCUUGUUUUCACGUCGAUCAAAUAAAUGAAUACACAAUUGAGAAUUGUACAGAGCCUGGAACUUAUGACUUUUUUUCAAACAGCAAUGUAUCCUUCAUCUUUACAUUUUUAAGUUUAUCAAUGUUACUCUGUGGUUUUGUUACGUUUAUCGUUUUUAAGCUGCAAUUUAAAGAAAAAAAAUCUGCGAAAGAAAAUGUUAGAAAAGUAGAACACAGUGAUAAUAUAGACAUUAUACACACUGCUAGCGAAUGGCAAGAGCCAAAAACUUCACUGAGACGUGUAAUAUUAGUGCCAAAUGUAAGAAGGAAGCAAUUGGAGGUGAAAAAUCAAUUGGGAUACUUGAUGCGUGCAGUGGAUUUUCCAUCCAAUAGCAAUGUGAUGAUUUAUUGCGCAUCUGACAGUCAUUAUAUGUUGAUUCGUGUACAUCACAGUUAUGAUUUAGUAUUGAAAUUCGAUUCUGAUUUUUUAAGAAGUGCCUUUAUAAAAGCGUUCGAAAAAUUUAUAUUAGAAAUCGCAACAUUCGAAGAUACACGCUUAAUACAAGUAAUGACUAGCAUCACGCAUGCAGCGUUACUCAAGCAAGCAAUAACAAAAAAGCAACGUCAAAAAAAAUUAGAAAUGUUUUUUCGCGUUGUAUUUGCACAGGCAUUCCAUAUCGCACAUACAGAAGAGGAAAUCUUACAAAUAGAUUCGACGGUGGCACGAGAAGUAAUUUACACCGAACUAACCAUUAUAGAGUUUGCGGAAGCUCUGAGUAUGAGCCCGGACGCUGAAUUUGUAAAAAAGAUAUUUUAUCUAGUGGACAAGGAUAAGAAUGGCUUCAUAUCAUUUCGAGAGUUCGUUGAUAUGUUGGUGAUAUUUCUCAAAGGGUCUGCGGAAGAGAAGAUGAAAUUGAUGUUUGACAUGUAUGACAUCAAUGGUACGGGAAGACUAAAGAGAGAAGAGUUCUCAAAUAUGUUGAGAUCAUUUAUGGAAACUGUCAAUGCUGAUGUCACGGAUGAUGAGCUGGAAGCUUUAGUGCAAUCCAUGAUGUAUCACGCGGACUUGGCGAAUAAAGAAACGAUAAAUCUACAAGAUUUUCAGCAAAUACUAAGUGACUUUAAUGAUAAAUUUAAUUACGCGGAAUUAGAAUUUCACGUACCUACAGAUGGAAAAAGCAAUAGGAAAUUUCAUGCAGGCGUGAAAACAGUUAGAUCAACGUUUAUUGGUGAGGUGCAAAAGACAGUGGAGAGUUUAUAUGCUGAUCCAAGUGAAUUGCAAUCUAGAAUCGAAGGGAAAAUUGAAAGCACACAAGGUACAAAGGAAGAGAAAAGUAACAAUGAAAUUAUUGACAAAAAUGAAAAAAUUGUCGAAGAAAUGAAGAAACAUUCGGAUGAUUAUUGGUAUCCUAUAAUGAAAUACCUUGCUAACAAACGAUUGCAGAUAUUCUGGGCGUGUUUAUACACUUUGUUCCUGCUUGGGAUUUUUGCAGAGCGAGUAUAUUAUUAUUCUGUACAACGAGAGCAUUCUGGUUUGAGACGAAUAUUAGGAUACGGCUUGACUAUAACGAGAGGAGCAGCGUCAGCUAUGAUGUUUACCUAUUCUACAUUAUUAAUUAUGAUGUGUCAUAAUAUUAUUACUAUUCUGAGAAGUACAAUUCUGCAAUUUUACAUUCCUUUCGAUUCAGCGAUCGAAAUGCAUAAAUAUAUCGCUUGCUGGGCACUAGGAUUUACUGUGUUACAUAUCAUUGGACAUGGCUUCAACUUUUAUCAUAUAUCUACGCAAACUGCCGACGAUCUGACGUGUUUAUUCCGCAAUUAUUUUCACGCGACGCACGAACUUCCCAAGUUCCAUUACUGGUGUUGGGGUACAAUAACAGGUAUAACGGGAGUACUUUUAACCAUUUUAACUGGAUUAAUAUUUAUAUGCUCGUUAUCGAUGGUACGCAAAUUAUUCUACAAUUGGUUCUCUUUUGUACAUUCCUUAUAUCCAGUUUUCUAUAUAUUGAUGGUUCUACAUGGCAGUGGAAGAUUAGUACAAGAGCCAUACUUUCAUUAUUUUUUUCUCGGACCAGCCAUUCUAUUUGUUCUUGAUAAAGUUAUAACUGUAACUAGAACAACAAUAGAAAUACCAAUACUCAAAGCAAAAAUUCUACCGUCAGGUGUAACAUGCAUAACAUUUCUCAAACCUAUAAAUUUUCAAUAUAAAUCUGGUCAGUGGAUUAGAAUAGCAUGCCCAGCGUUACAGACAAAUGAAUAUCAUCCGUUUACUUUAUCUUCUGCGCCACACGAAUUAAGUUUAAGUAUACACGUACGGGUGGUUGGACCAUGGACCUCAAAUAUCAGGGAAAAAUUAGAAUUAUGUACAAUGUCUAAUGAAAACUUACCAAUGAUUCAUAUAGAUGGCCCAUAUGGAGAAGGUCAUCAAGAUUGGGAUAAAUAUCAAGUGGCAAUUAUGGUUGGUGGUGGCAUAGGUGUCACACCCUUUGCAUCGAUACUCAAAGAUAUUGUUUUUAAGUCAAAUUGCAAUUUAAACUUUGGUUGCAAGAAGGUAUAUUUUCUUUGGGUAACAAAAACGCAAAAACAAUUUGAAUGGAUGGUCGAUAUAUUGAGAGAACUCGAAAAAGUAGAUGUCAAUAACACUGUAUCUAUUCAUAUCUUUAUUACUCAAUUCUAUCAAAAAUUUGACCUGCGUACCAUACUUUUGUAUAUUUGUGAACGUCAUUUUCAAAAAAUUUCAAACAAGUCUCUGUUUACUGGUCUAAAGGCUGUGACACACUUUGGACGACCAAAGUUUUCUCAAUUUUUCCUAUCUAUACAAAAGUUACAUCCUACCGUAAAUAAGAUUGGUGUUUUCAGUUGUGGUUCACCAGCUAUGACACAAGCAGUAGAUGCAGCUUGCAAAACGAUUAACUUAACAGAAAUUAACAACACAUUAUUUCAACAUCAUUAUAAAAGCUUCUAAGUUUUUUAUGUAUACUUACGAUUAUUAAAUUUUAAUAAACAUUUGGAUGUUUUUCUUACUGUAAUUUUUUUAACUUGUAAUUUUUCAAUGAUUUAUAUUCAUAAAAUAAACAAAAUGGGUUUUACAAGAUAAAUGUUCAUUGAUCAAUUGUGUAUGUAUCAUAUAAUUAUUACUAAUGAAAUUAUGUAAAAUAAUAAUUUAAUAACAUCUCUUUUAAUAAUC